AUGACAGUAACACAGACAUCAUCAGUAAUUCCUCGAUCUACUCAAAUGUCAGAGUCAAGUUUACCGAUAAGUCCACCGACGUAUUCCACUGACAGUGAAGUAUAUCAGGGUGAAAAAUAUUGUAAAUAUGAAAACCCACCAUCAUAUGCAAGUGAUGUGCAGAAUAAUAUCAGAAGUAGUACAAAGUACUUGAGAAAAUUACUGAAACGAAAAUAUGUUUGCAUUAAUUUCAAGAAUAUAAAAUGUAUUAAAUGCUGUUUAGUUACAGAAGAGGUGGACAAUUCCCCGUAUGUUUGGCACAGGACAUUGGAACCGACUGGUUUAUUUCUAGAAGCAUCUGAACCGCCAAAUUAUUCAGACAUAGAGGAUAUAGUACAAAAUGUAUAA